GGCGAAAGAGGCAGGAGGCAUAGCGUGUUGUCGAAUCGGGUUGGCAUUGCCCAUCAUCCAUCCUCAUCAGUCGUCCCGUGGUCAUCGGCAAGCAGGACUGAACGCUUCACCAGUGUGUGUAAUAGGGCGGCGUCGGGCCCUCCUCGUGCCGUUCUUGCUUCAGCCCAUCCCCACCAGUCGCUCUCGCCCCUCUCUGUUCACCACGCGUCGCGCCGGCCAUGUCAUCCUCUUCAUCGGAGGGCAAUGGGUCCUUUCUGCUGGAGGUGUGCGGACCUGGUGGAGCGGUUGGUGCCCAGCCCACAGCCACCUGGAGCCUGGACCUUAUACCAGGUGGGUCACAGGCCGCGGGAUGGAUGGAUGGAUGGGGUGGUGGGCAAAGGAACGAGCCUGACGAUGCAAUCAAUGCUUCAGUUGAACCACUCUGGCUGUGUGUGUGUGUGUGUGUAUGCUGUUGGGUCUCAGCGGACUGCGCCAACCUGCUGGUGCAGUAUACCGAUACCAAGUCGCUCAGCAAACUGACCCUUGUCAAUCGGUGGGCACGCGGCACCAUUAUUUGUGUGGCGACUGUGUGUGUGUGUAUGUGGAUAUACUUCUCUUCUUUUCUCUUGUCUUGUCUACCCUGCCUGCCUGUCGGACCGUAUGCAUGGUGCCUGCAGUGUGAUGCGAGACCAUGCCCUGGACGAUGUGCUGUGGGAGCGAGCCUUCAAUCGCAAGUUCAGGAACGCCACGCCCGCGCCCAUUACAGGUGAAGGGCAGGAGCGGGUGCCACCCGAACGGCUCGGCUGGUUCAACUGCUUUAUACGCAAGAGCGUUGAAAUGGUGAGAGAGAAUGGCGAGGACGCAGGGGAUGUCGAAUGAUAAUGGUGGUUGGUUGGUUGGUGUGGAUGGCCCAGACUGUGAGGGGCAAGACUUUGCAGACGGUAGAUCGGAAUGAUGCGUUGAAUGAGAACGAGUCUGUGCGGUGAGCGACGGAGCACAAAACACAAAAGACGUACAGGCUCGACACGUGCGCACUGGUUCCGGUCUGUGCGUGUGUGUCUGUCUGUCCGUAUUUCUUUCUUUCUGUCUGUCUUCAGCCACCUGACUGCGCUGCCUUCGGGCAUGAUUCUUAGCGUUUCGUCCAAUGGCAUGAUCCGCCUCUGGUGAGAGCUGAGCAACCGACAUGAUGUACUUGACGCCUGGCGCUGAGGUGAUUGUCGAUGCGCAUGUGUGUGUGCCAUGUUUGUUCACAGGGGGUAUGACGAUAUCGUCGAGGAGACGGUUGCGCUCACGACCCACCACAUGGCCCCGAUCGCCACCCCUGCCCCAAGCCCCUCCCCCCCAGACCAGACACACCCCGCCCCCGCCCCCGUCCCCGAGAGCAGCCCCGGCUCUCAGCACAUGCCAGACCCAUCCAGCCCACCCCUGCCCGCUUCAUCGCCGCCCACGCCACUCACACACGAGUGCCCACACUCCGAUGCAGAGUUCGUCCCAACAGAUGUGCAGAGUCCCGCCCGCAUUGCCGGCGACUCGCCGCCGCAGCUGGCCGUGUCGCAUCCGCAGGGCGGCAUCAUGAUGCAGAGGAUGAGCAAGGAGGAGCCGGUCUCCAUGGGCAAGCGCGCCAAGAGGAGACAGCGGUUGGAGAGCAAGAGGGAGCGGGAGGGGGAGAUGGCCAGCCUCGCCUCGCCGUCGGAUGCCGACGCGGCCGCCGACAUGCGGCCGGUCUCGGCGGACCCUCGGGUGCAUCAUCAGAAGGGUGGUCGACGCUCGUCCAAGUCCGGCAAGCAUGCGAUGGCCAUAGCGAUGCACUCAGAUCUGGAGGGUGAGACGGCCAAGGGGUCGGGCCUGCUGCCGUCGCUGCAAGUAUCGCCCCCAUGGGCCAACAGCUGUGCGAGUGAUGCGAGUGUGGAGUCGUGUGGGCCUCUGGAGGAGCUGCCCGAGAACGCAUUGCUGGCCCUCGACAUCCAGGAGGGGUCUCCCGUGGCCCAGCUGCAGCUGUCGACCGAUGACAUGACUUUGAAGGUGCCUCCAUCGGCGUCGGCGUCCAAGCAAACCAGGGGAACGGGCCAGAAGACGCUCCUCGAGAUGGUGCAGGAGUCGACUAAGAAGGGCGGCAUCAGCGACACCAGCCGCACUUCGUCAAUGGAGGCAGACGACGCACCACGCGUCGGACACGACACGCCGCAGCAAGACCCUGCCCGAUCCUCCCAAUCCCCCUGCCCGUCACCAGCACCAGAUGCCUCCCCAUCUCAAUCUGCGCUGCCCCUUCCCCCUCCCCCCGGCCCCAAUACCUCGUCGGCCAAGCCCGGCGGGCGCAAAGAGAAGAAGGCGGCCAAACGCGCGGCGAUGGAGGAGAAGAAGGCAUGGAGGGCCGAGAUGGUCAAAAAGAACAAGGCGAAAAAGGGCGGUGUCCUCGAGGCGCCCUCUCCCAUCAGCGCGCCGCCAACCACUAGCAGCAGCCCGGCGGACAACAGGGAGGCGUCUGUCGGCCUGUCAGCCGAGUUCCUGCCGUCGCUUGUGCACAUCCAGUCGGUCACUGAGCGCCACCCCGGCUACGCGGCCAACGUUAGCGCGGCGAUGCUGGCGGGGAAGCUGAUCGACCCGUGUGACGGCAAGGGGCCGCUGCUGUGCGCGUCGAUCGCCGCCGACACCAGGAAGAUGAUGAGUUGCAUGAUGCAGAAGGUGCCGCUGUUCGCCAACCGGCACCCGUCUUCGGCUCCGACCUUCGACCUAGAGCUGCCGGCCCUGCAGCUGGACAUCGUGCCACAGGAGCCGCGCGCUGUCGAGCUGGCGGAAGUGGAUGUGGGUGUGGGUGUGACGGCGGCGCUGUUUAAGAGACUUGGUGAGGAGGAGGAGGGCGGAGAUGAGGUCGAGGAUUCGUCACAGCCGCGGAUCGUUCUCCGCAGGGACGGAUCCUCUGACAGGUGCGUGUGCAUUCAGACACGUCUCGCAUCGCAUAUGGCGGUUUCUCCCUUUCACUUGUCUGUCUGCCUGCCUGACUGCGUUGAUAUGAUGCAGCACGGAUGAGCCGCCACACGCCAGCACCCGAGGCUGGUCGACCGAGACGCUCGGCUCCACCCAACCACCACCCAUCGAACCCCUCUCGCCCAGAGACACCCAAGAGCCUCCCCGCCAAGUCAGUGGCGAUUCGACGACAUCCGCGUCAGCGGAUCUGCGCGUGACGGCAGUGGCCUUGUCUGGAAACGGGUGUCUGAUGCUGAUCGGUCUCGAGAGUGGCGACGUGCAGCUUUGGGAGGUGGCGCCCGGGCGCUGGGUUUCGGGGCUGGGUCAGAAGGGCGGGGGCAAGGGGGUGCCGGGGGGCUCUGUCAUGUGGGCAGAGGACGCUACUGGGCUGAUGGCCUGCGGAUUUUGUGACACGUCGGCUAUGAGUGCUGCCGCAUGUCAGUGAGAUACAUACUAUCUAGCUACACCGACACGACACACGAGAAUCGAACCGAUCUUUGUGCAUUCCUGGCUGGCUGCUUGUUUCUCUCUCUCUCUCUCUCUGUUCGCCUUUCCUUCCCUUGUCUGUCAGUUUGCAGCGAGCCUUCGACUGGGGUUCCUCUCGGUUUUUCGCAGAUGCGCGCCGCCGCAUCGGAUCUGGCCGCCAGCCUCACACAGCCCGGCCCGAGACGCAGCUCACUGCCAGGCACACACACCACACAGAAACCACAGCUCUUACUCGGCUCCCCGCGGCUCACAGCCGCCAGCCCGCCCUCACCGCUGCUCGGCCCAGUGCCGGCAAACACUCCCUCGUCGUUCCCCAUCGCUGUGGGGGCUCUCAUCACGGGCGAGAUGGUCGUGUGGACUCUCAAGAAAGCCAUGACGGAGGACAGCAUGGCGCCGCCCAUGACGCUUCAUUGGCAAGUGGUGCCACCGAGCCCGAAGGCCAGCAAGGGGCUCUCCCCGAGCCUCCUGCCGUCACCAUCACCCCCAGCACCCCCUGCAGCAUCUGCAUCAGCGUCAGCUCCCCAGGCCUCCCCACAGCCCAGCCCUCUGCUGCGGCCUGAGGCGUCCCCCGAGCGGCCACUGCUGCACCUGCUCAGCGUGGUACCUUGGACACCUCAGACCGAGCAGCAGAUCGAGAACACACCCAGAGGGUCGCUGGGGCGGCUGCGUGUGUGGGUCGGCGUGGCUGGCGGGGUGGGGGGCGCCAGGGUGUGCAGUGUGCAGGCCAUGGCCGGUGCUGGUGCUGGGAGAGAGAGGGAGAGGGAGAGGGAUGGUCCUGGCCGGGUGGUGUCGCCGAGGAGUGCUCGCGGGCCGUUGUCGUCUGUGGGGGCGUUAGGGUCGUCGGAGGAGAGGUGGGUGGUAGAGGAGCUGGUGCAGGGCUCCGCUGCUCUGGCCUCGCUGGCCGUAUUCACCUGCAACCUGGGGAGGGAGAAAUUGUGCUCCUACUGUGUGGGAAGAGGUGGGUAUGGACAGAGACACAACAGGCACGCACACACGGCGACAUGCACAGGGCCAUGCCAUGGGUGUGUGUGUGCGCGUAUGUGUUCAGUUGACGGCUCCAUCUGCCGCUACGACAUCAAGGCCGUCACCCUGUCGGGUAAGAUGACCACCGACCUCAUCACACACGAGGGCCUCCAGAGAGCGCCGCCCACUCCUACACCCACACCCACGCCCACACCACCCGCACCAGACCAACCAGACCAGCCGGCCCAAGAAGGCACCACACACACACGGGAGGAGACGGAGCAUAAGGACGCCAACACGUCCGGCGGCAAGAGACAGUCCCUGACGAUCGCCGUGCCGCCCCGCGGCGGCGAGGAGGUGCUGGGGAUGUCUCGGUGGACGGUGGUGUGCGAGCGGCGGUGGAAGGUGAAGCGGCAGGGCAAGAAGGCCGUCUCGGCCAUGGCCGCCUGCCCCAUGCUGCACAUACUCAUUACUGGCUGCGAAGACGGAGCCUUCCGCUUCUUCGUAAGCACCAAAUAUUAUCACCUGAGCAUCACAUCACUGUGGGCGGAUUGGGGGUGCGCUUCACGUGUUCAGGACCUGUGGUCGGGGGAGUGUUACCGGUCUGUGUGGCCCCACGGGCAGGGCGUGGGGAUCCGUGCGCUCGCCUUCAGCACGUACAGAGGGGUGGCCGUCAGUGCAGGCGCACAAGACAAGACACUCAAGGUGCGCUGCCCAACGGAACACCUCGUCAACCAACCGUCCUGCCUCCAUCCAUCCAUCCAUCAUUCUAUUUGUCUGUCUGUGUGUGUGUGUGUGUGUGCAGUUCAUGCGCUUCUUGGGCGGCCGCGAUUCGUUUGACGUGGCCCGGCCACACGUGGGGCGCAAGGGCAACCAACGGCGUGGAAGCGGACACCCCACAGCCAAGCUGGGAACCGGCAAGGUGAGUGAGAUCAUACCCACACACACACGGAUGCGUUGAUGCGGCGAAGGACGCAAUGGUGUGUGUGCAUCCCCUAUCUAAUCAGGGGUAUCUGCAGGGCGACUGGCGGGGAGUUGUCUGCGACUCGCGACGGGGCCUAAGAGGUUAGUGAGGAGACCAACACUCCACACCACCCCACACCCACACAAAUGCAGCUGCCGCACGGGCGUGUCUGCACUGGCUUGUUUGCUCAGAUUUGGAGGCCCGCAUCAAGUCGCUGGAUGUUGACAAUGACGAUUUUGAUUUCUUCGAGGGCAAACACAAGAGAUUCUGAUUGACCAUGAGUGCCACUCACUCACAGAUGCAUGCUAUGAGUUCAUCUCUACUAGAGAGAGAAAGAGGCAGCCGUUUCGCUCUUUCUUCGCCGCCUGUGCCUUUCUCGUACAUAGCUGUCUGUAGCCUUGCGUAAGUGUUCGUUGUCGUCAUAUUGGUUGCCUGCCUGCCUGCCUCCCUCCCUAGGCUACAGCAGAGCAGUCCCACCCCUCCCCACCCACCAUCCGCUCUUCAGCCAGGCACCCCACCCCCCACACACAGAGCAGGUCAUGCUGAUAGAUUUCAUGUGUAGGGACCACUCGGUCGGCAGCUGAAGCCGCGACGUACCACGUCGCGGCUGUUUUCUCUCUCGUGCGCAUGGCAUGGCUAUCUCGCUAGCUAUGACUGGCUGGUGGCUGUGGCCGCUGGGGUGGUCGAGAGGGAGGGCGAUGCCCACCCACAUCCAUCUCUCGUUGAUCUGACCUCACUGACUGACUGACUGACUGGCUGACGUUUUUGCGCCGGGCCCGCCUGCCUGCCUCUCGUCAUGUGUGUAAGUGAAUGUACAGCCCCCUCCCCCCCCUUCCCCCCUCUCUGCCUCCCCUCUCAUGUCCUUCCUUCGUAUGCGUCGGUGGGACCCUUGGCCAUUUUUGCGCUGUGUGAGUCGGUCGAGUCAGUCAGCUGGAUGCAGACAGCACAGACAGACAGCCAGCGGAUUUCUCUCUGAUCGAGUGGGAAGGGCUGAGGAAGACACAGCCCGUGUGCUGUGCUAUCGAUGAAGCCCUCGCUCCUCUUCUACCUAUGUCCAUGCAUUGACAAACGGCUGGCUGCAGUGCUGCCUUCUCUUUAACUGGCCGGGCCGCACAUGUGUCUG